AUGGGGGAGAGCGUCGGAGAGGGUGUCGAACCGAAACCUUGCUUUCUGAUGGACUGCUUCACUGACCACUACGCUAUCAACUUCCCCCAUCCUCUCCCAUCCAUCACUGAUAUCACCUGUCGUCCAGCUGAUGGUCGAGUGACUCGAGCGGUUGCCACUAGUUCUUCCAUUUCUCCUUAUCGCGUGCAAGAACUGUCUAGUGAAAGAGCAGCCCAGUGGGUUCUGCUCGUUCUAUUAACUCGUCGAGGAUCAUAUCUUUCUUUCAAGGUUUUCGUGAAGAACUUUGACCAUCCUGCUGGUGGUCUUUCUGCAGUACGUUUGACAUCCCGAGGAAUCCCAUCACUAACGGUUCUUGUCCAUUGCUUGUCGUUCAUACUCAUUAAUUCUCCAGCACACCGUAUCAUCGACAUUUAG